UUUUUGGUUGAACCCAUCUCAUCUCUAAUCUCUAUCCCUUAUUCAUACUUGUAUUGUCGUUCAUCGGCAUUUUUUUGGCUUUUCCCACUUCAUCUUCUUCAAAUUCUCUCCUAUUUCUGAUCCAAACACUUCUUUUGAUCAUUACAAACUUCCCCAAUUCCCGCAUCAUGUCUUCUUCUUCUUCACCCACUCUCUUCUGCGCCGUAGUUUCGAUUCUAAUCUCCAUUUCCAUCUCAGCCUCAGCUACAGAGUUUGUCUUCAACACCAAUUUCACUUCCACUAAUACUUUGCUCUUCGGCAACGCCACCAUUGAUUCUUCUCUUCUUAUCCUCACUAGAAAUUCCCCUUUCACCAUCGGCCGUGCUCUUUACCCUUUCAAAAUUCCGAUCCAUUUCUCCAAUUCUUCAUUUUCCUUUGCGACUUCUUUCAUUUUCUCUGUUGCCCCUCAGCCAAAUCUUCUCCCUGGCCAUGGAUUUGCUUUUCUCUUCACACCCUUUGCUGGAAUCAACGGCACCAGCUCGGCUCAGCAUUUGGGGCUUUUCAAUUUCACCAAUAAUGGCAGCCCCAAUAACCAUGUCUUCGCUGUUGAGUUCGAUUCGUUCCAAAAUGUGGAGUUCAACGAUACCAAUGAUAACCAUGUGGGCGUGGAUUUGAAUUCUCUUGAAUCUACUGUUUCCUCUGCAGCAGGGUUUUGGAGUGGACCAGAUGAUGGAGAGUUCAAGGAAUUGAAGAUCAAUAAUGGAGAAACUUAUCAGGUUUGGAUUGACUGUCUAGAUUCUUUAGUUAAUAUUACAAUGGCUGAAGUGGGAAUGAUAAGGCCUAGAAGGCCAUUGAUAUCACUGUCUGUUAAGUUCUCUGGAUUGCUUUUGGAUGAAAUGUAUGUAGGAUUUACAGCAGCCACAGGGCAAUUAGUUCAAAGCCAUAAGAUAUUAUCUUGGAGUUUUAGUACCUCUAACUUAUCUAUUGCUGAUGCUUUAGUAAUAACAGAUUUGCCAUCUUUUGUUCCUCAAAAGGGGGGCUCCAUUUUUGACUCAUUAGCUUUCAUAUUGGGGAUAACUCUGGGGGGUGUUGGACUUGUGAUUAUCUGUUGUUUUGUAAUCUAUAUUGUUGUAAUUAUCAAAAGGAGGGGAAGAAAGAAACCAAAGGAUGGUGAAAUUGAAGAUUGGGAGUUAGAAUAUUGGCCACAUAGGUUUACUUAUGAAGAUGUUUAUGAAGCAACUGAUGGGUUCUCAGAAGCCAAUGUGAUUGGGUUUGGGAGAAAUGGGAAGGUCUACAAAGGGACAUUAGGGAGAUCAAAAGUUGCUGUGAAGAGAAUUUCUGUUGAAGGUGAGAGUGGAAUGAGGGAGUUUGUAGCUGAGAUUUCAAGUUUAGGAAGAUUAAAGCAUAGAAAUCUAGUAAAGCUUAUAGGAUGGUGUAAGAAGGAGAAAGGAAGCUUAAUCUUAAUGUAUGAUUACAUGGAAAAUGGAAGUUUAGACAAGAAACUAUUUGAGUGUGAUGAGAAUGAAAUGCUGAGUUGGGAGAAAAGGAUGAAAGUUUUGAGAGAUGUAGCCACAGGGUUGCUAUAUCUACACCAAGGUUGGGAUUCCAAGGUUCUGCAUAGAGACAUAAAGUCGAACAAUGUGCUACUUGACAAGGACAUGAAUGCAAGGUUAGGAGACUUUGGGUUGGCUCGAAUGCAACCCCAUGAACGAACGGCAGACACAACUCGUGUAAUGGGAACUGUUGGGUAUAUGGCGCCGGAGGUGGUUCGAACAGGGAGAGUAUCUUCACAAUCAGAUGUUUUCGGAUUCGGAGUGUUGAUUUUGGAGGUUGUUUGUGGGAGGAGAGCAAUAGAAGAAGGGAAGCCAUGGUUGAUAGAUUGGGUUAGAGGAUUAAUGGAGAGGAAUGAGAUUGGAUUAGCAGUUGAUGAGAGAUUGAAAGUUGAGGAAACAAGUUGGAAUGAGGAUGAAAUGGAGAGAAUGGUUUGUUUGGGGUUAUUAUGUGCACAUAAUGAAGCUGUUGCAAGGCCAACAAUGCAACAAGUUGUGAAUAUUUUGUAUGAGAGAAAUGGAAAUGGUUCAAAUGAUGGAUUGUUAAAUAGAUUAAGAUCAACAAGAAUAAUGUCUGAGAUUUAUCAAGGCAACAAUUCUCAGCAACAUCAUCCAACGUUUGAAGAAAUCAAAACAUCUUCAUCUUCAACAUCGCUCAUCGAAUCUGAUAUUUUAAAGAGUGGCCGCUAGCAGAAGAUAACUUUGAUUGUUUUAAUAUUGACACAACAGAUUGUGGUCUUAGAUAUGUAAAUAUUGACACAACAGAUUGUGGUCUUAGAUAUGUAAACUCAGUGUUUAUACUAUGUUUAAUUGAUGAUAUGAUUGUACUUAUUUAUUUUGAUUCUUUUCUAUAUAUAUAUAUAUAUAAGGUUACUAGAUUCAGGCAUUUGAAUUAGGGAUCAGAAUUUUUGGGUGAGAUUUUGGAACAUUGUAAUCUAUGUUUUUAGGGUUACAAUAGGCUGAAGAAAAUGUUAUUUUUUUGGGACAUUAUGUGAUGUGGGAUAAUUGAAUCAGUUUAUAUAGAAUGUUCUCGUUUCUCUA